AUAUGAGAAAUAUACAACUAGAGAGGGAAAAAUAAUUUUAAACUAGAAUAUUUAUUAAUGAGAAUUUUCAGAAUUAAAAAGGCAGCCAUUCAAAAUCCAUAAACACACAUAAAGGACUAUCCAGGGAUUCUGGGUAGACUACCGGUCAGCCACAUAGACGGUGGGGAUUAUUCUGCCCCAUGUAGCAAUCUAUGUACUAACUAUGUAAUAUUUCAAGUGUCCAGGCUGUAUCUGGAUGUAACAACAUUUUGAUGCUUCUUGUUUUGAAUUUGGACAUUUCGCUGCUGUUCAGCUUGGGUUUGUUCUCGAUCCGAACUCCUCCGUCCCUCGGACGCACGUCGAUGUGAAGACGAGUUGAAGAAGAUCUUGGAGCAGUGUGUUUAUGAACAACGGUGGCGAUCUUGUUCCAGCUUUUCUCACUGUCUAUCUUGACUGCACCAGGUUUCAGAUCCAGCUUAUGGGUGGAUUCCGCUUGAUCAUCUGUUGUUCUCACCUUUGAGAAAUCAGGUCACUCAGGGCAACAGUUUCUUUUCCAGGACAGGACCUGGUGUUCUUGACCCGGCGUCCGAGCAUCAACUGUGCAGGGCUGCACCCGGUCGCUUGGAUAGAUGUAACACUGUAUGCUGUAGAAGAGCUAGAAAAGGAUCUUCUUGCUUGAGAAUGUGCUUUUUUUGGACCAUUGUCAGUAACAAGGGUAACAGGACAUCCCUGUCUGGCAAACUUGUUUAUUGACAAGUAGCAAUCGUUUAACAAGCACACACUCCGGUCAUUAAUGCCAGGCUCGCCUUCUGACCCCCGAAUUUCCCCAUGCUAGCUGCGCAUGUCACAACACAUACACUAUAUUGCCAAAAGUAUUCGCUCACCCAUCCAAAUAAUCAGAAUCAGGUGUUCCAAUCCAUGGCCACAGGUGUAUAAAAUCAAGCACCUAGGCAUGCAGACUGUUUUUACAAACAUUUGUGAAAGAAUGGGUCGCUCUCAGGAGCUCAGUGAAUUCCAGCGUGGAACUGUGAUAGGAUGCCACCUGUGCAACAAAUCCAGUCGUGAAAUUUCCUCGCUCCUAAAUAUUCCACAGUCAACUGUCAGCUGUAUUAUAAGAACGUGGAAGUGUUUGGGAACGACAGCAACUCAGCCACGAAGUGGUAGGCCACGUAAACUGACGGAGCGGGGUCAGCGGAUGCUGAGGCGCAUAGUGCGAAGAGGUCGCCAACUUUCUGCAGAGUCAAUCGCUACAGACCUCCAAACUUCAUGUAGCCUUCAGAUUAGCUCAAGAACAGUCCUGACCUCAACCCGAUAGAACACCUUUGGGAUGAAUUAGAGCGGAGACUGAGAGCCAGGCCUUCUCGUCCAACAUCAGUGUGUGACCUCACAAAUGCGCUUCUGGAAGAAUGGUCAAAAAUUCCCAUAAACACACUCCUAAACCUUGUGGACAGCCUUCCCAGAAGAGUUGAAGCUGUUAUAGCUGCAAAGGGUGGACCGACGUCAUAUUGAACCCUAUGGAUUAGGAAUGGGAUGUUACUUAAGUUCAUAUGCGAGUCAAAGCAGGUGAGUGAAUACUUUUGGCAAUAUAGUGUAUCUCCUCUCAGUCAGCUGAGUGUUUUUGAUCUAUCACAUGUCUGUGUUGCUGUAGUUUUGUGCUUCCUGUUAUUAUUAGGGUUUAAAAUUCAUGUGACAUUUGUAUAUUACCCAUAAUGCACUUCUCCUCAGUCAGCCUGAGGGUUGUGUCAUAUGUUUAUGUACUGCUAGUUAUGUGGUUACAGUCAGGUUUUGUAACAUUUUUUUCACUCUCAGACAAUAUUAAACUUUUCCUGGAUUUCUUCUGGAUGAUCUGUGUAGGCGUGACCAGUUAGAACAGCAGGUUCUAAGAUGGCAGCCUAAAAAGGCCAUCUGGGCCAAAUGUGUCCUAACACAUUUAAUAGUGUGCCUCAGAACUGCCCAGACCCUAGUUAGAUGCUUGAGUGACCUUCACCUAUCGAAAUAGAAAUAGCAAAAGAGACUGUACUGAUGAUGCUAUCAAAACCAAGCCUCGGGGAGCGGUCCGUGGUUUAAUGAUUACUGCGAAAAAGGCCAUUAAAGUCGAGAGAGGAUUAUCCCCAUUCCAACAAAGACUAAACAAAUGUUGAGUCAUUAUUGCUCAAACGCUGCGCAAACGCUGUAUCUGGAAAAACUAAUAAAAAGUGGGAGGAGCCUCAAAUACAACAAAUUAAACAUCAGGUCACUGUCUUAACCACCAGCCAAGAAUAUAUUAGCAAAAUGAUCGAUAAGAAGGACUCUCUGACCUGAAUUCAGCAAAACAGGAAUAGAGCAGGAGCCGAGACUGGUAAAUUUCAUGAUCAUGUUGAUCUAAAUUAUUUAAGUCUUCACUACAGAGGAACUCACUAGUGCUCUCAAACUCUUUGUAGCACGAGGUCUUAAAGCAUCUGCCCCACAUAGCGUCAUUAUUUCUUCAGCAAAUCUUUAUUAGUGUUUGGAGGACAGGAGAUAUACACAAUCCUGGCAAGAAACAAUAGUUCUUCUCGCUCCCAAACCCAAACGAAUCAGUUUAUCUGGAUUCAUUUAUCAGACCUGAACUUACUAUUAAAUAGCCUUUAAUUGUUGCUGACAUGAUCAAUAAAUGAAUGAAUGAAUCAUUCAAUUAAUCAUUCAAUCAAUUGCUGGUAAGCUGAGUCAAAUGAUCUGGCUCAGUGAGUGAACAGAACCUGAAGUUCCCACUGCUGUCCACAGGUGGCGGUGUUUUGCCUGAUAUAUUCGCAUUACAUUAAAUUACAGCCUGAUCUGCGAAUAUUUUGGCUUGUUUCUUCACUUUGUCCUUAGUUACUGUGAGUCUGUGCUAGGAGACACAUACUCCUGUACCAGUAUUAACCCCAAACUAGUUAACUACCUUUAACCAGUUGAAAAUGGCAACUUCACUGAAACUCAACAGCGGAGCAGAGAUGCCGAUGGUGGGUCUCGGUUGUUGGCAGUCGAAGACAGGCGAUGUGACCUCAGCUGUGAAAGCCGCCAUCGCCGCGGGCUACCGACACAUCGAUGGAGCAUACGUCUACAAGAACGAGAAGGAGGUCGGAGAAGGCAUCCAGGCCAUGAUUAAAGAGGGCGUGGUUAAAAGGGAGGAGCUGUUUGUCGUCAGCAAGCUUUGGUGCACCUUUCACCACAAAUCAGCCGUAAAAGGGGCGUGUCAGAAGACUUUAAGUGACCUGCAGCUGGAUUACCUGGACCUGUAUCUGAUUCACUGGCCAGUGGGCUUUAAGCCUGGAGCAGAAGAUUUCCCACUGGACAGGGAAGGUUUUAUCAUCGGUGAUGACACCAGCUUCCUGGAGACCUGGGAGGGAAUGGAAGAGUUGGUGGACGCAGGACUGGUGAAGUCCAUCGGUGUCUCCAACUUCAACCGAGAGCAGAUUGAAGCCAUUCUGAAUAAACCAGGUCUCAAAUAUAAACCUGCCAACAAUCAGAUCGAGUGCCACGCGUACCUGACGCAGGAGAAACUGAUCGCCUUCUGCCAGUCGAAGGGCAUUACAGUGACCGCAUACAGCCCUCUGGGUUCUCCUGAUCGACCCUGGGCUAAGCCAGAAGACCCAUCACUGCUGGAGGAGCCGAAGAUCAAAACCAUUGCUGAGAAGCACAAGAAGACCAGCGCUCAGGUCCUGAUCCGCUUCCACGUCCAGAGGAAUGUCAUCGUGAUCCCGAAGUCUGUGACUCCGUCUCGCAUCAAGGAGAACUUCCAGGUGUUUGACUUUGAACUGAGUGAGGAUGACAUGAAGACCAUUUUAAGCUUCAACAGGAACUACAGGGUUUGUCCCAUGCAGUGGAGCAAGAAGCACAAAGAUUAUCCCUUUAACGCUGAGUACUGAAACCGAAGGGAGAGAAAUCCCAGCAAGCCGCCAUGUUUUUUCCUCUUUAGUAGUUCAGAUCUAGCUGUCAAUCGAAACGCCGCAACGUGUUUUAUGAUUCGUUAGCUUUCGUGUAAAAUCCUUUAAACGAUAAAAACCCUCUCACUGUCUUCUUCUGAUGACAUAUUAAUGACCUUGAUAUUCAAAAAGGCUUGGUAUUUUGCUGUGAAAACUCCAACACCUGAAAGCACUUACCUUUAAAUCCUCCGUUGUUUAUUUUUCCCCUCUUUGUCACUCCUCUCAUUUCCGUGAAAGAAAGAACGUCGAUAGAAAUAAAAAAGGACGAAUGAUUAUGUGAAAACAGAAUCGUGAAGCCGAUCAAAUCGACCGAAACGCAAGCAAUGUGUAAUUAAUUUGUUUAUUAAUUAAUGCCGCUCCCUCAGACCAAAAGUGUUUGCACUUAGUGAGAAUGGAAAAUUUUGUUUAUGUGAAGACGGAGAUGGAUUUUUUUUUUAAAUUCUUAUUAUAAAAAUGUUGAUUUGGUUUGUUUGAACACUCCUUGUGUGUAUCUUUGUUUUGCUUUUGUGUGGAUAAAAGCUUCGAAAUAAAGCUGAUGCUUCAAGCAGAA